CGUACGUUCAAUAGUCAGUGAAUAGCACUUGUUGUGUCAAUAUCAUAUCCGUGAUCAUUUUAUUUUAAACGGAAAAUUAAUAUUCAUUGUGGGGAUUGUGGAUUUUUCCUAAUUCUUACAGUUUAAAAAAAUUAAACAGUGUUUAAGUUUAUUCUCAUUUUUUUCUGUGAUAUGUAUCAUCUUUGAUUGAAAGUGUAAUUUAAUAGUGAAGAUCCAAAAUGCAUUCUAUAAGUUCAAAGGUGAUUCUUGUGUUUAGUUUCUUAUUGUGGCGAGCACGAGCUCAACAAGUGCUAACAUCACCAUGUUCGGAUGUCUUUGAGUACGAGAGCAUUUCAUCAAAUAACGACGAGUGGCAUGGAGUUUUACACUUGAGGAGCAAUGUUAUGCUUCAUGGAAUUUUCAUUGAUAUUAUCUUGGAUGCGAGGGCGCGAAGUUUGGGCGCCAACUAUAGGUUUAGUAUAACAACAGUGGAUAAUAUGGAAUACCGUCUCGAUGAUCGGACUUACAAAUUGCGUCCUGGUGAACAAACUGACGUGAGAUUCUUCAUAAAGUACACUUACACCCUUCCAAGGGUUACGGAGGUCAGACUGAAUGGACAAAAGAUAUGUCCUGUGCAAUCAGCAACAACAACUCAAAGAUCCGUUGGAGAUCGAGCUAGGGAUGAAGCCCUGUACUAUGAAGUGUUUGGUCCGAAUUAUCAAAACACAGGUUUACACAACAAUCAAGAUCGUGGUAUCAAUGUUGAUCAGCCCGUAACGACCAGGAGUCAAUUUAGCAAUAGCGACGCUAUUUAUUCUUCAAAUAGCAAUCGAGAUCGCAAUCAACCUAGUGUUACGAGAUCCACAAGUUCACACACUACUAGCAGCACUCCCUACUAUACAGCCACAUCACUAUCUGGCACUUCUGGGAAUUCAAAUACAAGGCGAGACUCGCAAUCAAGAUCCGUAAGUACAAAUACCGGGCACGACAACGUUAACUACGAAAAUAGUCGGACGGGUACUAAUAGGCAAUCAAAUGUACACGACAACGUUAACUACGAAAAUAGUCGGACGGGAACUAAUAGGCCAACAAACGUACACGACAACGUUAACUACGAACCUAGUCGGACGGGUACGACUAGGCCAUCAAGUACAUACGACAGCGUAAACUAUGAACCCGUUCGAUCAGGUACAACAAGGCCAACAAAUAAUCGAAACACAAAUAAUUUUGGAGAAACCACAACUCGUAGGCCGGUCUUCAAUUCAAGUCCAAAUGAUCAAUAUGACUACAAUCAGGGCGUUCGAACAACAACCGAAACCUACGGAGUUGCCCGUAACCGUGACACUAGCUUUAGAGCGGCCAAUGCAAGAACAACAACCAGAAGUCCCUACUUCCAAGGUGAUCUAGCCAAGUUUAAUCCAAGUGAAAGGGACACCACCCCUACCCUAUCAUUUGACACGUGCGGAGAAAUAGCGCGUAAAAAGAAUCCAUUGAUUGUAUCCGGCGAGGAGUCAUACCGCGGUCAGUUCCCGUGGCAUGCAGCCCUCUAUAUUUCAUCAGGACCCCAAUUGAAGUAUACCUGUGGUGGGAGUCUCAUUAACAAGAAAACCAUCCUCACGGCAGCUCAUUGUGUGGCACUGAAAGACUCCACGCGACCGAUGCAACCUGCUCAAUUGCUAAUAUAUUUGGGCAAAUACAGCCUUCUGCAGUGGCAUGGUCCUGAGCAAGAUGUCAAGGUCUCAGAAAUCAUCAUCCACCCCAAUUAUGACAAUGAAAAAUUCUUCUCUGAUCUGGCAAUUGUGAAACUCAAGACAGAGGCCAGGUUUUCCGAGUACGUCCGGCCGGUGUGCUUGUGGGGCUUUAACAAAGAAUUGCGCGGGAUUGUCAAUAAAAUCGGCAGAGUGCCGGGCUUUGGUUACAACGAAUAUGGAAUAGUGGAUGACAAAUUGUCUUAUGUUAAUAUGCCUGUCGUCACCCAUGAGACGUGCAUUUGGUCCAACAGAGACUUCUUCAGUCGUAUCACCUCCAAUGUUACCUACUGCGCGGGAUUUAAGAAUGGUUCUUCCGUCUGCAAUGGUGAUAGUGGCGGUGGAAUGGUCUUUAAGGAGAACAAUAAAUGGUACCUCAGAGGAAUUGUAUCAGUGAGUAUUGCUCUCCAGAAUCACUUUCUCUGCGACCCGGAUCACUAUGCAGUUUUCACGGAUGUAGCGCAGUUUAUCGACUGGAUUAACGAUCUAUUAUAAAAUGUUAAAUUAUACUCAAGAUUAAACCUGUUACUGAAUCAGGGAAUCUUAAGGCCUUUACACAUUGGGAGCAAUUUUAAUCAACGUUGUUUUAUUGACAAAAUUUUAUCGUUCUCCCCUACAACAGUAGCUAACAAUACGCUAAUUGUGAAUCGAACCUAUUUCUGAACUUUGAGAUUUUAGAUGGUCAAAAUAAAAAGGACAACGAAGAAUACGGGGAAGUGAGGCAACUUUGAAUUAGGGCAGCUUUAAAAUUGGGCAUUUUUGACCUAUUUUUAACUCUUUCGUCUCUUUUGGGACUCUGAGUACCCAAAGCAGUAUAUGAAUGUUCUGUGAAUAACAAUGUUUUUUAAGUAUUCAGAACUGAUAAAAAUCCUAUUUUUGUGGAUGAUUACAAACAAUAAGGAUGUCCAAAUGUAAGGUAUUUUUUGUAGAACCUCAAUUAAUUCAUGAGCUUAGAUAUUUUUGAUUAAAAAUGAUGAAAUUGGCUUGCAACAUAUGCUGCAGUCCGGAAAGAGUUAAAUGGAAUUAAACAUUAAUGUGAUGUGAUUCAGCUCCAAAAACCAAUUGUGAAGCUAAAAAUCUUAAUUCAUUUUAAAAGUAGGAAAAAUAAGUCGAAUUUAAAGGUGCCCCACUUCCCCCUACUCUUGAGUGUAGGUCUUGUAAGUGGAAAUGGAGCAACUUUGAAUUAGAGCACCUUUGAAAUAGUACUUUUAUCUCAUACUUUUAAAUGGAACUGAACCUUAUCAUGAUGUAAUUUAGUUCCGCAAACGAAUUGUGAAGCAAAACUACUUUAUGAUACAUUUCCAUUAAAAAAUAGGAAAAAGAACUACUUCAAAGGCGCCCCACUUCUCCCUAUUUCUUCGAAGUUUUCUUUUUUAUUGGUCUAUCUGAAACAGUGAGAACGUCUUAAACUUCAGAAUUGGAUUUAAUUCACAAUUAGGCUAUUUUACCCUAUAGGGGGGAGCGCUCAGGCUUUGCACACACUCUGGCUUCGAUCACUUUAUAUUUUUCGCAUAUUUCUUUACUGAACCUGACCUAAUGGUAAUAUAUUUUAAUAGCUAGUCUUAAGUCACACAAUUCCUGAAAAAAUCGGUCGGAUUUACAGGAUUCAUUGGAGAAAAAAAUAUGAAGUGUUCGAAGCCAGAGUGUGUACGAAGCCUGAAAGUCUUUCUUAGACAAUUAUUUUCAAAAAAGAAAUUUUUGAUAAAAAUUGUUCCCCAUGCGAAAACGCUUUUAUAACCUCUACACAUUGCGAGAAGUUUUCGUCAAAGUAGAAUCUUUUGAUGCUAUUUAAUUAAUGCUCCGUUCAUUUUCUCGAAAAUUUCUCAAAAUGUGUAGAGACCUUUACGGGAAACUUUAACUAUUUUUGAAUUUAGUGUUUUACCGGGAUUUAAUUUUGGACCUUCCGAAUAAGAACACAAAAAUAUCCUUUUUAUAGACAUUGUAUAUUUUUUAAGUUGAGAUUUUUAAAUUUAUAAAAUUGAAUAGGGGAAUAGUAUCACAUCAAAAGCACUAAUGGAAAUUUUAAGUUACGCCUCCUUACGGAGUUUUAAGUAGAUGUAGUUCAAAUUUUUGAAUUUAAAAUAUGGAAAUACUAUAGCAUUUCAAGUUUCUCUAUAUAAAUUAAUUUUGGGCGGAGCUUAAAAGGCUUUUUUCUUAAUAAAUACACCAAACCUCUUAUACAUAAGACUUUAAAAUUAAUCAUAACUAAGAAAUGAUCUUUAACUAAGAAAAUAGGCUGACACCCUCUUUUGGAAGCCACGUUCAUUUGGUUAAUAUUUAAAAUAUAUCCGUUGUAAAAUUUCAUGAACUAUUUGAAGCCUUUUAAUUAAAAAAAAACAAACCUCGCCCCUUAUAAUACUUGCGUACAUUAUCCCCAUUUUAGUUUUUGAACACUGAUCUGUAAAAUUUCUAUAAUGUAUAAGAAUCUGUAUAAUUUCUAUAAUAUAAAAUUUUUAUAAUGUUUCUGUUCCUUCCAUAAGUGUUAUAUGGUUGUAGGUGAAUUAGAUUGAAUUUAUGAUGUUUAUUUGCAUUGAAAAUAUCGUGUCACUUCCUUAUUUACUUUAUUAUAUUUUUUUAGUAAUACAAAACCGAAAUUAAAUUGGAAAAGCCUUUUCAGCAGAUUUUGAAAACUUAAUCUUGACACUGGUAUCACAUUUGCCCUUAAAAAUUUUAACGCUGUUCAAUUAAUCCGUGAUUUGUGUUUUUGAAUAAUGGUGUCUACGGUGUCUACACACUAGAAGCAAUUUUCGUCAAAAAUGGCCUUUCUAAAAAACAUUAACGUUUCUGCGCCUACAAUGAUAGGGGAAAUUUUCUUUAAAAAAGCGUUGGCAAAGCACCUCAGCUUUGCAAAAUGCUCGAACUCGUGACUUAGGUGCUAUCCCUCAAAAGUACUUUCUCAUAAUAUACCGUUUACCGGUUCUCAGUCGAUUUAAAUCGAUUUGUAAAUCACUCGAAAGAUCCCACAAAACAAUUUUAAGUGUAAUAAAAUUGAUUUUCGGACAAAAAUUAUAUAUCGCUUUAUAACCGGUUCAUUACCGGUUCACAACUGAUUUAAACGGAUUUAUAAAUCACUCAAAUAUUGGCCAAAAUAACUUAGGACUAAUAUAAUUGGUCUUCGUUUAAAAAUUAGUUAUUGGUUAUGAACCAAUCAACGGUUGAUAACCGUUUCAAAUCUGAUUGGAACCGGUUCAGUUUUGUAGGCAAUUCUAAGACCUUUCCAACGAGUCCAAAACUGAUCCCAUUCGGUUUAUAAAUACGCUCUUUUUUAUUAUUUUUAUUAACGAAAAAUCGUUAUUAGGAAUGAUUCACCGGUAUUUUCACACAUGGUCAAUUGUCCGCCUGGGUCUGGGUAAUCUCUAUAACAUAUCCAAAAACGGAAAAAAAUCGCACGACGCGUUUUUGAAAAAUCCCAUGAAAAGAUAGUUUUGGAUGAGGGGCAUGUUAACGAUCCUUGAGUUGACUAACGUGGGGUCCCCCUUAGAUCCCAAGUCGCUAUCUUUAUCUGUUUGGCUUCUAGAGCCGGCGACAGCCGAUCGAACAGACGUACAGACGGCCAAAAAGCGUGGCGAUAUUUCUCAGAAAUUGUCUGAAACCCGAAGAUUUGUUGAGAAAAGUGGAGUUCGAGCAGUAAAAGGAUUUUUUUUAAAUUGCUCCUAGUGUGUAGAGGCUUUAACGCAAUAAGGUAAGGUAGGGCCAUAUUUCUGAAAAAAAAUCUGGACCAAUCUUAUAGCCUUAUAGCCCAGCUUUAAUUCUCAACAAUUAGCGAGAAUCGCAUUAACAUUUAAGUAUGCACAGAAUAUUGUAUAUGCAUCACUUCCAAAAGAGGCGUGGCUUAAAUUGCCCUUAGGUGAAAUUUAUUCAGGAAGUCCAAAACUCCCUGCGAAAUGCUAAAUACGAAAAUGUUAUGGCUUUACCAUUAAUAAUGCCUUAUAAAUUAUUAGAAAUUUAGCUGUAUAGAUGAAGACUUUUUAGUUAAAUAUAUAUUUUCUUAUCCUCUCA